UCAAGCCCUUAUUAUAACCACCGCCUCCACCGGAGAUUGACAGAUUGACUUGAUUUCAUUCUCAUCGGUCACUAUCUCUUAACCACCCCCAUAUGCCAUCCUCCAGGCAUCGCUACCGACAACGGGAGCGACAUCCUCCGCCGUUGUUCUGGGACAACCUGACCAAGCUGUACCUGACCAAGGGCGCCCUGCGAGAAUCCAACCGCAGAAACCAGCACAAAUUCCGAUCCCCCCGCCAGCGCGCCCUGGCUAUCAGUUACAUCUCGGCGCCGGUGUUUCUGCGCGACUGCUCGGCGGCUUGUCUGCAGGGGGUUCGACAGCUUUCCCGCCGCGGGGGGCCGGACCUGUCUGAUAUCCGCGGCCAUCUCCCCCCGCCCCAUUUCUACCAGUACUCUCUCUAUCCCACCAAGUACGACUCGCAGCCAUCCACGCCGCCAGCGACCACCCCAAGCUCCUCCUCCUCCUCCUCCUCCUCCUCCACAGCCGUCUACGACGUGCACUUCCAAGACCACCUCGUCCGCCACGGCAUCUACCCGCCGCCCUCGCCAUCCGCGUCCAGCGACCCGGACGGCACGGCGGCGGCGACGGCAACGCCCGCUCGACGACCCGCGAACUGGGCCGAACUCCAGCACCGCCUGCACAUCCCCUUGCCCGCAGACUCCUCGCUGGACCAGGCGUACACGCGGUUCCGCAGACUCUCCGCGGCCGCGUAUCCCAAGCACCUACCGCUCCAGCACCUCCUCUCCAUUCUCGAGGGAACGCCGCAGCCGCGGGCCCUGGCCUCUUCUGGUGGUGGCAGCGGCAGGGUAUUCACCAACCUCGCCCCCCUCACGGACGGCACGCUGCCCCCCGCCCGGCCGGAUUUCUACCACGCAUCCCCGGGCGGGUUCGCCACGGCGGCGGCGGGUGGCGGUGAUGGCGACGGCAGGGCGUACACGUUUGCGGUGACGUACCGCGCGGGCCAGCUGCGGGUCUAUUGUGUUCAUGUGCAGUCGCGGCCAGGGCAAGGCGCCCAGCAGUCCGACUACGUGGUUACGUUGGUUGGGGAGUGGGCGUUGGAUGGGCAAGCGGCGGGGGGGGAUGCGCGGAGCUGCUUCCGGGCGGGCGUGGCGGCUUAUCGAAACGCGCGCGAGCUGGCGAGGGAGUACCGGGAGGGGAUUCUGGGGUUGGCGAAUGAGCGGUAUGCGCGGCUGGUGGAAGCUGAAUUUCCAAUUAUGUAGUAUGUAUGUAUAGUUACUCUCCGUGUUCUGUUCUGUUCUGUUCUGUUCUGUUAUGAAUCCGUCUUGUA